AUGCUUCAAGCAGAAUUAGCUUUUACCUCAGUGCUCCAAAAGUGCACCAAAAAGAACAUCCUGAGAAGCAAGAGGCCGAACUACCAACCAUGUUGGAAUACUGAUCUAGAAGAGCAAAGAGAAAUUAGAGAGCAAGCAAGAAAGGAAGUUGAAAGAGUGGCGGAAAAAACUAAUAAAAAAUGCAAACAAGGUGUAAUAAAAUGUUUUCCUCAAUCAAGAAAAGUUUUAUAUUAUCAUGUAUAUCUUUUUUUUUUUUUUUUUUUUUAUUUAUAUAUCUUUUUUCAAUUUCUUAGCUGCUCUGUAGAAUGCUACAAAUCUCAUAAAGGAAGUGAGCAAUGUGUUAAAAAAGAAGAUAAAUCUGAGUCUGUUGUGAAAAAUGGUGAAGUUCAGAAUUAUGAAUUUGAAACAGAAGACACUGUUAAGCCCGAAAAAUUAAAUCUGCUAGCUUUUCAUAAAGGAGUUAGACAUAGUUUAGAAAAUCGUCAUUUACGAGAUAUGUUAGAAUACUUAGAUUCUGCCCAAGAUCCAGCACAAGCCAUAGAAGAAGCAAUGAAAGAACCAAUAUUUUUAGAAUUUGUUAAUCACUGUCUUCAUGUUGUUGAAGAUGAUUGACUAUGUUGAUUCAUUUGUACGUAAAAAUGUAAAUAGUUAAAAUAUAUUUAAAAAGUAAAUAUGUUAUUAUAAGUA